AGCAGAUGCUAACAAAGGACCUACGAGUUCCUUUAAAGGGAUGCUAUUAGACAACAGACGAUAUGAAUAAGAAAAAAGAGAGACAAGAGAUGGCGCUCAUGUACACGCUUAUCAGUAAUGAAGAGGACGCUAAGAAACUGCCGAAACCGGCUAAAUCUAGCUAUGAUAGCGACAUAAUGCACAACCUUACUGACAUGCAGGUGAACAUGUUCAGAGACAUUUUCAACAUGUACGACAAAGACGGUAACAACACCAUAGACUGCUCGGAACUGAAGCUGAUUUUAGAAGAGCUGGGGUACGAAUGCAGCACGGAGGAGGUUCUCCAAGUGAUAUCAAAGUUCGACCUGAACACGACCGGAACAAUCGACUUUAACGAGUUUUUGAGUCUUAUAGGCGACUGGAUGUCGAAUGAUGAGAAUCAGAUCAGGGAUGCUUUUGAGGUGUUUGACAAGGAAGGUAACGGGUAUUUGUCGUUGGAACAGCUGAAACGGGCACUCACUACGUACGGGGAGGCAUUUACUGACAACGAAGCAGAGGAAUUCUUUAAGGAAAUAGACGUGGACGGUGACGGCACUAUAACAGCAGAUGAGUUCAUACAGUACAUCAAGGGCGUUAACAGCUAGAAUCACAGACACCAAACUUAAAGUUUACCAGAAAACGUGCCCCCAAAUAUUGAGAUCAAUAAUAGCAAGAAUGUAGCAAUAUAGCAAUAAUAGCAAGAAUCAGACACCCAUUUCAAGAUUCCCGCAUCUGUUGCAUUGGACGAUCGAACUGAUUCUUGUAUCAUGAAGCUAUAUUGAAUUAUCGUCGGUACUCUAGUCAGAAAUCUAAUCUAUUUUUAUGACGGAGCUGUUACAGACCCCAUAAUAUAGCCAGACGCAUGAUAUUAUCAGAUUCUUGAGACGAGGAUGAAGAGGACGAUUGCCUGCGGAGUCCCAGAAAUAAGGUUUUUUAAUAAGAGGUGUGACUCGACAAAAUGACAGUGUUCAACAUUUCUCUAUCAUCUCAAGAAAUUACGUUGCGACGAACGCAGAAGGGCGUGAUUUGAUCUCUUUAACCAACUGUAAGAUUUCGAUUUGCCCAAGAUGCAAGUUUUCGAUAAUUUCGAGUUGCUCGAGAAAUGAAGGAGCUAUUUAACCAAGUUUAUAUAUUGUCUUCAUUUGAUUUUGAUAAUUGAGCGUGAAGAAAUGAAAGAGCUUGAUCAUCACCAUAUAAAUCAAUUUUCUCCGUAUGUACACUUUUUACACAAUAAAUUUCAUUUCAACUAU